UGUUGUUACGGCCACACCCUAAACAGCGUGCCUCCCACGGUAGCUCAGCCCGAAAGCUCACCUCCUCACGCGACAAAUGCGCGUCGUCUCCACGGGCUGGUAGUCCUUCCCAACUAGGAAAGCUCUUGAACUCAAUUAAUUUCCCACGCGUCACGAAAAGUACCAAAACCAAAAGGAAAAGGUGACCAGAACCGCCAUUGAUUCCCAGCUCGAUAUCCUCAGCCCAGGGUGAAUAGAGCUCUACCCAAUUCCCCCCCCCCCUGGUUACGCGAUUGCCCCUGCUGCUUUGAAGAGAUCACUCCCCGCCAGCUGUCUUCUCUGAAAUGGAGGAAACGAUCAGAGCCGUGGAAGAGAUCGUGAGGUAUAGGUUCAAGGAAAAGACGCUCUUAGAAGAGGCCCUGACCCACUCAUCCUACGCCGAGUCGCGGUCCUACCAGCGGCUCGAGUUUGUUGGCGACGCGGCGUUGGGGCUCGCGUUCUCAAACCACGUCUACCUGGCCUACCCUGACCUCGAUCCCGGCCAGCUCUCCCUCCUACGCGCCGCCAACAUCAGCACUGAGAAGCUGGCGCGCGUCGCCGUCCGCCAAGGCCUCUAUCGCCACUUUAGGCACAAUGCCGUGGCUCUUCGCGAGAAGGUUCAAGAGUUUGCUGAUGCAGUCAGUGAGGAAGAUGAUACGGUUGUGUAUGGUGGAUCGGUAAAAGCCCCGAAGAUUCUUGCCGAUAUUGUAGAGUCUGUGGCGGCUGCUAUAUACAUUGAUGUCAAUCUCGACCUGCAAAGAUUCUGGGUGAUUUUUAGGGGUCUCUUGGAGCCUAUUGUCACGCUAAAAGACUUGCAACAACAACCACAGCCUGUUACAAUGCUGUUUGAGUUGUGUCAGAAGCAGGGUAAGCAAGUUGACAUUAGGCACUGGAGAAAAGGGGCAAAGAAUAUUGCUAGUGUAUAUGUCAAUGGCAGGUUUGUUGCCUCGGGUUCUUCUGAGCAGAAGGAAAUCGCAAAGCUUAAUGCAGCAAGGCAAGCUUUGAGUAAGUUAUCGCAAUCUAAGCCUACUAACAGUGGGACGUUUGAAUUUUCUGUACGGGGCGAUGGGUCAUUUGAGAUUGAAGGAGCGAAACAAAUCUUAAAUGAGCUUUGUGGCAAGAAAAAGUGGCAUAGGCCUACUUACAGCAUUGAGAAGGACGUGGGUCUGCCACAUGACAAGAAAUUUGUGUACUCAGUUCAAAUAGCAACUGUAGACGGUGUUUUAAGUAUGACGGGGGAUGAAAGGUCAAGAAGAAAGGAGGCAGAAAAUUCUGCAGCUUCAUAUUUAAUUCGUGCCUUAAAAGAAUCGAAUUGUUUAUGAUGCUACUUCUUUAUUUAGAAGACUAGGAGAUAGAAGCAAUCACAUCUGGUUUAUAGAGGGAUGCUCUCUGAUGGACAAGUGGCGGCAAUCAAAAGAGCUGAGCAAGGACCACUGCAAGGUGGACUUGAGUUCAAGACUUAGAGUUAUUUUUGCGAGUUCCUCACACGAAUCUUGUUGGCCUUGUGAGUUUUUGUUUUGAACAAGGAGAACAGAUGCUAGUCUAUGAAUAAUGAAUAUACGUGUUACACUUUUUUGUAAAUUGGUGGUAGUGGUUUUUUAACUCUUUUUUGGUCUAUAAACUUAAUGUGCGAUUUGUUUU